AUGGGGAAGAAAGCCUCCUCCAGGCAACAUCUGCCCCUGCUGAGUCCACUCUCCCUGUGCCUGGCAUGUCUCAUUCUGCUUCUGGUCACCACUGGCACUGCAACGGGAGCCUGUCCUCCUGGGGUAGGGCAUGAACCCUUUCAGGUGCUUGCAAGUGGCAUCAACUGCUCAUGGACUUUGGAAAGGCACACUCGCAGUUACAACCACCUAGAGGGCGAUGUCCGGCUGCGGCGGCUUUACUCUGCCAACAAGUUCUUCCUUUGCAUUGACAAGACGGGCAAGGUGGACGGCACUCGGAGGAAAAACUAUGCCGACAGCCUGAUGGAAAUCCGAUCAGUCAGUGUGGGAGUUGUUGCCAUCAAAUCUGUCAGCACCGGGUUGUACUUAGCUAUGUCCAAGAAAGGCACACUUUUUGGAUCGGUGAAGUACAAUCCAAGCUGCAAGUUCAAGGAACGCAUUGAGGAAAAUGGCUACAACACCUACGCCUCCAUCAGGUGGAAGCACGGCGGCAGGCAGAUGUUUGUUUCACUGAACGGGCGUGGGAAGCCCCGACGAGGUCACAAGGCUCGACGAAGACACCCGUCCACACACUUCCUGCCUAUGCUCCCGUCCUAG